GCGCAUUAUUCACCCGGAACUACUUUUCAGGUUGCGAUACACAACGAAAAUGACGUCGCUGAUUCCACAUUACCCAAGUGAGGAAAAUGGAUAAACCUAAUAAAGUCACCAUGGACGAUGAGUCAGAUAUUCUAGCUGCUGGAGCUUCCUGGCUAUGGAACCUGUUGAACAAACCGGAGAAAGAAAUCAUCAGAUUACUUCAAGAGAACCCAGACCUUGUGAGACAAAAAAUAUCACUGACUUGCUUGGGUCAAUUGAAGGUGAAUGAGAACCCAGAAUGUGAAUGUUCUAGACAACUGGAGACUCUACAAGGGCGUGAAGGUCAGACAACUGAAGACCUGCUAGCAGAGCUCCACACCACCUUACUGCUCGGGGUUUGUCCACAUGUUCUGUCCAUCCUCCAGAACUAUGAUGGAACACAGUUACCGUCAGGAUUUACAGCCAAAUCUGAAGUCAAGGACAAUAUAUAUGAAACAAUAACCAAGUUGUUUAAAAAGCAUAAACAUUCUACUGGAAUUGAUAUGAACCGCUCCCCAUCAGAGAUAGGGGAAGGUUCUGUGCGGUCCUACAUGCUCAAGAGCCUUAUUCCCUAUUCAUGCACUGCCUCCAUUACUGCUAUUCACGUAGCAACAGCUCUUGGAAAACGCAAACUUCUUAGAGAAAUUUUGUCAGAUAGAUUGACUCCAGUGGGCAGUUUAUGUUUUCAUUUUGAGACUGGAUAUCACAGUAUUUCCCCUUUUCAUACUGCAGUGUUGCAUAGAAAAUACAAAGUCAUUGAUUUUCUGAGAAAGAAAUUUCCAAGCAUGGCUGGCAACAUGGAUAGACACUUCGACCGUGGAAAUAUCACUCCCUCUACCUUGGCAGCACAAAUGAAUGAUGUUUCUGCUUUAGAACACCUACUGAAAGACAAACAAUGUUUCAGUGGUAUGAACUCGAAGGCAUUGCUUGUUUCUCUGGAAAACAGAUCUAUGGACUGUGUAGAGUUUCUCGUCAAAAGAAACCAUGUUCGACUAGACAGCAGAGUCCUGGCUAUGAAUCGAGAUGUAUCACAUUUCUUUAACUUACACAAGUCUGAUCCAACCGUCAAACUGCUUAAAGAUUUGAUCACACAACCUUCAGAAAGAGACUUCCUCAAACUGAUAGUGGAUUACGAAUGUUUCCCGGUUUACUUCAUUGUUUCUUUAUGUAUAUACCUUGAUGCCACUGAGACAACAAAGUUUCUACUUGAAUCCACAAAAGCCAAUUCAAUUACAAAGUUUUCAAAAUUUAUGAAUCUGGUUACCUUGGCAACACUAAAAAACUCACCCAGCCUUCUCAAGGUACUUAUUAGAUAUGUUAGAUUUCGGCAUACCUUCCACUAUACAGUUUGUUCUCCACUAUACUGGGCAAAAAUGUUGCACUAUGAUGCAUGUGUGAAGAUCUUGGAAAAGCCAUUAUAUUAUUGUCGUAAACAGAAAGAAAUAAAUGACUCUGACUUUGCAACAGUCCCUCCAUUUCCUGCUCUACUUCUGGAGACAAAUGUGAUUGAAAUUGAUCUGCUUGGAAUUGUAAGUAAACUGAAGGAAUUUGGAUACGACAUCAAUGCAGCCAUAACAACAGGUUCAUCAUGCCUGAAUUUAGCCACAGAUCAGAGGAACACAUCUGCUUCUGUUAAAAAGAAUGGCAAACUUGUUAGCCUUUUGCUUGAACUAGGAGCAGACGUAUUUGCUACAAAAAUGUAUCAAAUUCGUGGGCAAGGGAUGAACCCAUCAAUGCUGCUGCGUAUGCUUUUGGCCAAUGUUGACAUCAGUGGACCACAAACUGCAGAGCUGCAAAGCUCUAGACCACAGAUUAUCAUGCCACUAGUCAAUAGUGAAAUGCAGUUGUUAACAUUACGUACUGCACACACUAUUUGUAAAGAUGAUGUUGAAUUCUUGAGAACAAAGUUAAAGGAAAUGACAGAUUUGGAGGGAUUUGAUAGAAACACCAGAAUGUAUCAAGAUCUCAAAGACCACCUCGAUGAAUACGUUGACAAUCCCCAGACACUGAGGCGCCUUUGCAGGAAUUUUAUUCGUAGAACAACUGGCAUUCACUUACACAACUUUCUGAAGGGUCAAAUCUUACCACAGAGGCUGGUCAAUAUAUUGACACUGAAAGACGAUUUGGAGCCAUAUUGGCAGAGCUGUCAAGAGAACCAGUUUUGGAAAUACGGUUAUGAUCAUUAAAACUGUUCAGGAACUGAGUCGUCCCGAGUGAUUUUGAAUAUACAGUAUGAAGGAUAGCUGUUGACCCUUUAGGUUACCCUUGGAAUCAACAUCAAG